CCCCCUCCCUCUCUGUAUGAUUCUCUUUCUUUCUCUUUCCCCUUACUCAUCUGUUUCUGUGGCUGCGCUGAGAGGAAGGGCACCUGCCGCUCCCUGAUGAUUCAGCCUUUCAGCUGCCUGGAGUUCUACAGACACAACAGCAUGUCUCUCCUGCCACUGCAGUGCUUGGCCGUCCUGUCUUCUGCACUACAGUUGCUGCAGCUGCAGCCGGCCCAUCACGUCGACACUGCCUGUUCCUCCUCUUCUGCCCAAGUGUUCAGCAAAUAUGGUGAUUGUACAGACCCAUGAUUGCGUGUGUUAUGAAAAAGCAUGAGUAAGGAACUCCUUUCCCUCGUGCACAGGCUGACUACAUAUCUUCAAGACUGUUAACACGGUUCAACUCUCUGAAGGGCAUUUUUACUUUCCUCUGAAAUCCCAGCUCUGACUUUGUGUCCUCAUGAUAGAAAACACAGUCAAGGACACGGGUGGCAGACAGCCACUGUGUGAUGCUCUGAGCUAGAAGUUGAGGUGUUCAGGGGCACUUCAUCCAGCAAGUCGAAAGGAUGACUGAGGGAAUGGAGGAUUUCUGUGCAGGGCCAACCCCUCCUCCAGGAUCAUCCUCCCCCACCAGCUCUACUGUUGAUACUGGACAAGUCCCAGAGGAGAAACCAGAGGAGACAGAGGCAGCUGGUGAGAGAGGGGAGGAGGAUGCAGAGGAAACUGCAGAAGGAGGAGGUGAUGGCGAUGGGGAACAUGUGGGGGCUUUGGGAAUCGUGGCCUUGCCAGGGACCUGCUGCGUGUGCAUAGAGAUGGAACAGAUUAAUAAAUGCCUGCACUCUGAGAAAAUCUGCAUUCUGCCCAUCUUGGCCUGCCUGCUUAGCUUAGCCCUCUGCACAGCUGGCCUCAAAUGGGUCUUUGUGGAUAAGAUCUUCGAGUAUGAACCACCCACACACUUAGAUCCUAAACCUAUCGGACAGGACCCAAUUAUUAUAUCAGUUGACCCAACGCUGGAAAUAACUGUCGCGAUUCCUCGUUUAUCUCCCUCUACUGUCUCCCUAACCACAACCAUCGCCAUCACUCCACGACAUCCUGAGGUUGUAGUGGAAGAGAAAUUUACACAAGGGCCAUAUGUACCUCAUUCUCCAAGAGAGACGGAACCCUCUGUAACACUGAAAUACAACGCUGAACACCCCACCGUCCCAAAGCAGACUCCACACCCCCAGACAACACAGGAAUUAAACAACAUCAUCCCGACUAUCUCUACCACCAGCACCUCCACUAUAGUCAAGACGUCCAGUCAUGUGACCCGCUGCAGUGACAGCCAGAGGAACUACUGUGUUAACGGAGGGGAGUGCUUCACCCUUGAAAUUAUGCCGGGAAGUACAAAGUUUCUCUGCAGGUGCUUGCGGGGAUUCACUGGGCACCGAUGUGAACAAGCUGUGCUUAAGAAAGUCUCAGACCCAAAACAAGCUGAGGAGCUGUAUCAGAAACGUAUUUUAACAAUAACAGGAAUCUGCAUUGCACUCCUAGUCGUUGGACUCAUGUGUGUGGUUGCCUACUGCAAAACAAAGAAGCAGAGAAAGAAACUACGGGACCGUCUAAGGCAAAGCCUGAAGAAUAAGAGGAACAACAAUACCAAAGUGGUCACUGGUUCCCACCCAGCAGGCUCCACUAGAGGACGUCAGAUUUCUAACUUGCCACUUCAAGAUUUGCAGCUUGUCAAACAAUGUAAUGGGACGACUACGCAGCAUGCAGCUGAGAAGGAGACAGAAACGACCUUCUCCACAAGCAAAUAUGCCUUAUGUGCGCAUGACCCUACCACACUCACCCAGCUCUCCAACCAAAGCUGGAGUAAUGACUGGAGCAACAGUGUUCUGUCUGACACUGAGUCUGUCUCGGUGAUGUCACUGGCGGAGAAUAGCCAACAUGCCACACAAGGCGCCCGGGGUCGUCUGAAUGCCACUGGCGGCGCCAGUGACUUAAGUGCUCAUUCAAAGAAGUCGCGAGACACACCCAACUCCAACAGGGACUUGCCUUAAUGUACAAGGUUUGUAUCUGCCAUGACACACCUGACUCAACAGUCUCCAGAGUCCUGGGCCUCUCCGUUAACUCCAGGGUCUCCUCCAUCAGAGAUGUCACCCCCUCUUUCCAGCCUGGCCAUCUCUGUCCCCUCAGUGGCUUUGAGCCCCUCUGGUGAGGAGGACCGCCCCUUGCUGUUGUCAAGCACGGGUCAUCAACACAGGUCAGCGAACCGAGAUGAACAGAAGAGGACCUCUUUCCACUACAAUCAUGGCCAUGUGGCACACAGCUUACCACCCAGCCCACUGUUUAGUAUGGAGAAUGUUAACAACCAAAUAGGAGAUCACGACACCAGAGCUCACAUGUUUUCCGAAUCAACUGAGAAAUUUAUUCAUACAAACAAAAAUAUCAAUGACUGCAGCGUUAAAGGAAUUACUGGCCACAUGCUUCAUUACAUGGAGUCCAGUGGUGACAGUAGGUUAGUGAGUGAAACACAGGAGCCUCAGGGGGAACAGACACCCUUCCUUAGCACAGAGAGCACUACAACCCCUUUGCUCAAGGCCAUGGACAGCAGCAGGACUAACCCAGCAUUACCACACGAUGGCCUGGAAGUCAAGUCAUCCAACCCCAUCAUCGAACAAGAUCCAAUUGCUGUGUGAAGUAAAAAAAGAAAUUGCAGAGAAUCCUUUAUGUUGAGGGGGAAAAAAAGAAAUCACUAUUAAACCUUUAUUUUCUAUACAUUAUUUGAUGUGUAAAGACUUUUAAAGAUUAAUGAAAAAUGAAACUUUUAUUUUAGUGACGUAGUGAAUAAAGACUUUUAUAUUAAAAAAAAAAAAAGUACAUAUGUGGUUAUGUCUUGUAGGUAAAGUGCCAUACACUACUAUGUAGCAACCGUUCACAGUAUGUUUCAGUGCAGAAAAUAUCAAUGGUGCCUUUCUGUUUAAUAUGCUUAAGGGAACUGUAACAUCGGAUACUGGGCAAUGGUAUCACUGUCUUAAUCUUCAAGUAAACAUUCAAAAAUAACUUGCUGGCUGCCUUUAAUGUCCUGCAGCUGAAAGUGCUCACCGACAAGAUAGUUGAAAAAUAGGCAAAGAUAAAUAGUAACUAGGUUCAAGGUGCAUGCUAUGUUCUUAAAUGCUGUGAUGAAAUAAUGAGCAGUUUGUGUUUUCCUCUACAGCCGUUUGACUUCAUUCGUUCCAUAGGUGGUUUUACUGAGACUUUUUUGAGGAAUACAAUGCUGAUCUUCCAUGCCUAAUUGAUAUUUAUGAACACAUUAUUAAUCAGCUCAUGCAUCAGCUGCAUUUAAUGAGAGGUGGGGAAGAUGUUUUUAUUCUUCCCUGGACUACACCAUUGAUGUCUGAUUUAGCAUCCUGCCAGGUAAAUAUUACAACAACAGGUAGUGUGCAGUCGCAAAAGUCUGCCUCUUUAGUAUUACUUAUACUGACACCUAUAUGCUUACCAUAAACCUGUACAUUUUGCGUGCCUAAUUCUUUAUUUGGUUUCGAUCAAAAUGUUUGAAGUUUACCAUUUCUAUGUUAAAGGGCUACUGCAAUGCUGUAGUACUGCACUUCCACAACGUUUAGAGAAUGGUCCAACUGAAACAACAGAGGAAUAAUUUCCUGUCUUCAAGUCCCUGGCAUGAUUAAGCCUAAAUUUUUGAAAGUGUUUUUUCAAAUUAAAGCUUUAUUUAUGUGUAUGCUGGCAGGUAUUCACAUCUUCACUGAGUCCAGACUGACUCAGUUAAGGUGGUGCCCCCAAAGACAUAACUACUAGUGUGAAGACCAGCAAAUUUUCUAUGGUGGCAUCUUCCAAAUCAAAAAUAUGUGCAAAUAUCUACAAAGUGUGUACGAAAUAAAAUGCUGAAUAUUUCAUCCUCUGUAAAGACAUCAUGUGUUCGUACGCUUGGGUUUAAAGAAACUGCUACAUCUAUACAUGAUGAUUAACUGCUUGAAUUUGAGUCAUAUCUCUGAUUAGAAUUCUUUGCCAAAUUUAAUUUGUUACAACUUCCAAAGACUGUAUGCACUGAUGUUUUCAAUAACCGCAGCUUGUGUUCAAAUGUGCAGUCUGAUUGUACUUGUGAUUUUAAAACGUUUUGACAGUUUUGUCUGCUUGUAUGAGCAUAGUUUAUGAAAAUCUGCCAAAGACUGUCCCCCUCUGACUCCUACAAUAAUACACUUUUGAAAAGCAAAUUAAAACUAACAAUUACUGGACUCUGUGGUGAGCCAUAGUUUCUUAAAAUUGUAUGCAUACAGAAUCAGCAGUCAGCCGAGCAUAUGAAUAAGUUUGAUGACAUGAACGUGCUGCCCUAUUUGUGUUCUAUUGUAUUUUAUACCUGAUGAAGAUUAUUUAUAUUUAUUUGGUAGCCCAACAGUUGUUGUGGUUAUAUAAUAUUUAUGGUCAUAUUUAGCUAAUUUAAUUUAAAAGAGGUAAGAUAACAUAUAGCCAUUUCAUCCACAUGGUUAUUGGUACUAAACAGGCGAUAACCACUUGCACAUUUUGACACUUGUAUGCUUAGCAUAACUCACAAUGCAUUGCUUUUAGAAGUAGGAGUGUCUUCAAAUUAUGUAAAUAUAUAAUGAAAACCUUCCGCACUGUUGUUUCUCAUUGAAUAUUAAAUCAAUUCUGUGUUUUGUG